AUUCUGGAGAUCCGUCGCCACUUCCCCCUAUUCUUAUCACCACCACGCGUCUGUGACCUCCACCACCACCAAAUCUAGUAUAAAUUCCGCCAGAUCUUGGCCUCUCUUUAUAUCCGAAACCCACAUCACUCGGCAGCCAAGUCAACGCCGCCCGCCUCUCUCUCUCUCUCUCUCGCUCUCUCUCCUUCUUUUCCAUGGGCGACGAUAACUGGGAUCUUUACGCGGUGGUGAGAGGAUGCUCCGCCGGCACUGCGGUGGACGUGGACGAUCCCUUGUUUUCUCCCUUUCCUCCUUCCCUGUUGCAGGAGAGGGACGUCGGCGGCGAGAAGGGGAGGGCUUUUGGCUUCCCCGAGCUCGUGGGGACGUCGAGUUAUCCGUACGGACUCCACGAGCUCUGCAAGCCUUUCUAUGCCAUGGAACUCCAUCAAGAACCGCCUCUGAUUCCUGCAGUCGGUGAUCCCCGGCAAUCUCAGCGGCAGAGCAGGCAGCCCCAGCGUCCGGUCUCCCAAGCUCUCCGUUCUGCGAGAAGGAAGAAUCAGCAGAAGAAGGUAGUAUGCCAAGUGGCUGCUCAUGGCGUCCGAUCCGACCUGUGGGCGUGGCGGAAGUACAGGCAGAAACCCAUCAAAGGCUCCCCUUAUCCACGUUCAUAUUACAGGUGCAGCACCUCCAAAGGCUGCCAAGCACGGAAGCAGGUGGAGCAGAGCAGAGCCGACCCGGGGAUGCUGCUCAUCACCUACACGGCGGAGCACAACCACCCCAUGCCCACCAUCCGAAACUCGCUCGCAGGGAGCACCCGACCGAAGCUCCCCCCGCCUACCUCCGCCGACGGCGAUAACCGUGACCAGCUGCUGCCGCCGAGCCCACUGUCGUCUCCCCUCGCCGACUCCGUGGAGGACGAGCUUCUCCUUAGGCGGCCGCCAAGGCAAGGUGAGGAAGCCGAGGAAGAAGAGGAGGAGGAUACUCUGUUCUUGGGCAUGGAUACGGUGGCCGUCAGCUCCGGAUACUUAGGCGAGAAAAGCGGCUUCGAGGACCAGUUCUGGCGUUCGCCAUGGCCGGCCAGCUUCAACGCAGCGGCGGCAGACAUGGCGAUCUAAUGGUGGAACACCUAUCACGAAAUUUUGAUUCUGCUCCGCUGUCUGUGUCUGUGUUUCGUCUUCCUCGUUUCUCAUCUGACCGAGAGGACAAGCAUACUUCUGCUGGCUCUGUAAUCUCCGUUUCUUCUCACACCACUGCCCAAGUGAGAUUUUUAGCUACAA